AAGACUGAUGUUACAAAAGGUGCUACGCACAAUUUAGAUUUUUAUAAAUUGUUUGAAUUCUCAUGUGGUCGGUCUGAGAGCUUGUGGUUGUCGAUACAAGCCUAUCAUGAACGCACGGGUGUGAAUUCAACCCUUCUCAGAGCCUGAGAGCUGCGUGUAUUUGCUCACCUCCAGAACUUGCCAAAGACGUCGACGUUUGGAUAUGGCUGGCGAGAUGCAUAAAGAUCUUGGUGUUGUAGGCAGCUGGUGGCAGGCGAUGAUGAAGAAUGCUGCUGCCAACAAAACAUCCGACCCCAACUACUUUGCGACGCGACCGGAGCUGCUGCAGACUGAGGCUAAUCUUGAGCUGUUUGUUGUCGGCAACGGCGACGACGUUUACAGCCACAUCUGUCCCGCGAUUGAGCAAGCGCAGCAAGAGGUCAUACUCAUCACAUGCUUUUGGGCACGCAGCUCGUCUCUUGACAUGCUUCGCGAAUCUCUGCGGGCGCUCUCCGAGCAGGUGAUGGCGAAAAGGAGAAGCAAGGUCCGUGUCUUCAUAGGAUUCUCAUCGUUGUCCGCGCUACAGAAGCUUUUCCACACCCGUUCCGUAGCAGGCUCGAUAUACAGUGGCUCAGCAUGGACGACGAAGCUCUCGCUACCCGGUCCGGAAGAGUUACCGGGCUUGGAUAUUCAAGUCAAGAGUGUAUUCGUGCUGCCGUUCAGCGUCAUGCACCCAAAGUUCGUCAUAAUCGAUCGUAAGCUGGUUUUAUUACCCUCAUGCAAUGUCUCAUGGGAGUCCUGGUUUGAAGGCUGUAUCGCGCUAUCUGGUCCAAUAGUCAAGCAAUUCGUAACGUUCUGGCAAACAUUUUGGGCGAGGACUUCUUCGAAUGAUGGCAACCCGGAUGAUGUCUCAUUCGACAUAUCAGAUCAGACCAAGGCCGUUGUCUGCACUCGACGUGCCGACACUCAGCCAGGCGCGGCAUACAGCAUUGUUGCUUUAAGCCACCUUCCACCAUGUUACGCUAUCUUCUUGCCGUCACCUCACCAUGCUUGGCCACGAUUCAGUUUCCCCUGGCAAAAACACCGACCCCCUCCAAGUACCCCUUUGAACACCUUUGUCCUUGAGUUAUUCGAAUCAGCUUCAUCCACAAUCUACAUACAGACACCGAACGUCACGUCGCUGCCUGUAUUAAGUUCGAUUCUUCGGAUGUUGCGGCGUGGCGUUGAUGUUCACAUCCUCACCAGUGAGAAACUCAUGAUUCUCGAACAGCUUGUUACAGCGGGCACUACAACGUCGCGGUGCAUAAGAAAAUUGAUCAAACUGUACAAGCGUUCGAAUUCUAUAUCUGUUCAUUCUGAUGAGGAGCGAUUACCAGUUCGCAUCGGCAAGCUCAAGGUAGAAUAUUACGAAUCGAAAGGCUGCAGUCAACAAGACGGCGAGCCCGUUCAGACGCACCUGAAGCUCACCAUUGUGGAUGAAGAGUGGACCAUCCUUGGCAGCGGAAAUUUGGACAGAGCAUCAUGGUACACAAGUCAAGAGCUCGGGGUGGCUUUCAAAUCCCGUGAGCUGGCCAAAAAUGUUCAUCACUUGGUAACGCGGCAGAUGGAAGGCCGGACCAAGAUUGCUUUUGACUCAGCAUUCAGCUGAAAUUGAUGUUCUUGCAUCUUACGAAGCCAAUCCCUACGAUCCCCUGCACCGGCUCUGGCAAUUGGUGAAGCAAGGGCAACAUACGUGUACGAAGUUUAACAAAUCCGCUUAGAUAAUAUCUGGGCCAUCGGACAGAGCCACUUCCAUCAAGUCGUCAGCAUCCAUUUAUGGUUUGUCAUGAAACAGCCUAUGUUACUCGAUUUUGGGGUUUGGUGGGAUUUACUUUCUCAGAUGGAUACGACGCUUCCCCCCGGUGAGAUUGGGGUUGUCAAGAUUCGUACUGGUCAAACGGGGCACAAUGCUGAGCACGAGACGCAUGAUACACUGCACAAUUGGUGAUUUCUCGAACGUUGCCAUAUCGGACAUGUUUCGAAAAAGGGGUCAUUGCGCAGGACAGCCUGAAUUUCGCAGAUUGGACUGUUAGACCAUGUACAAUCAUUAGAUAAUUGCUGCGUGGUUGUUCGAGCACGAGCUGCAUUAAGGCACCUUCUUUU